AUGGCUUCUCAAAGCCUCAAUCAAUCAAUGUUGGCCAGAUUCAAGGCACAGACGUCGCCUCAAACACAGUCUCCGCUCCUAGAGAGACUGCCGAUCGAAAUCCGUCUACAGGUAUAUAAACUCAUCCUCGACCAGAUCACAGUGCAAGAUGAACGACGCCAAAGCGGAGCGUGGCGAAUUGAGGGGCCUCAGAUACUAGCAGUGUGCAAGAAAGGAUUCUGUGAAGCCCUUGAAUAUGCUACUCGCGUCUCAUACAUCUUGGACUGGAGAAGGCAGAAUACUAAUACCAUACCUGCAUUCUUUGAUGCCUUCCCGAUGAAAUUACGCCACCGUCUCGAGAAGAUAACUCUCCAGGCAGGGCGAUUUCCAUUGAGAAAGUGGGAUUCAGAACUCAGUGUAAGUGGCUUCUCAGCAUUAAGAGUGAUUGAGCUGGUAAAUGGAGAAAAUCAAGCAACUGCAAUCGAGGACAGGGAUAAGCCAGCAUUCUUCGACCAAGUUGCCAACCUCAUCCGGUGUCUCGAUGGCCCAAAUGCAUUUGAGAGCGAGGAUAACUUCGCCACCCAGGCCCUGGCAACCUACUGCAGCCCGACAUUUGUGCACUACCUCCAGACUUCCAACGUCCUGGUCCGAACAAAAAUCGAUCUGCGCUUCAAAGUCUGGGAAAGAUUCAAGCCCGAAACUCCAUUUCAGGUAGGAUGGAAAGCAAUAUCCGUCUUCGAGUACUGGGACCUUACUAUCGAAUGGCAACGCGACAGUGUCAAGCUUGUCGAUUGUCCUGAUCUGAGGGACCGGCGUUGGUACCCACGGUGGACGGAAGUACCGAAAUACUACCGCGAAUUUGAGUUUCUAUCUGGAGUCGAGGAGCUUCCAGAGGAUGUGCCUUAUGUUGUCUGCAUCGAUCACGCGCUACCUUGUAGCUGGGGGGAUGAUUGGGGUCUUAUGGAGUUUAUUCCUGGUAGUUGGCAUUAG